AUGAUCCCCCUCGACCUCCUCCCUGGGCUUGGAAGCACAAAGUCUUUGAGUUUCGCAGCGUUUCUUGAGGAAGAGUUCAGCAUGAAAAGGUACACCAAAGUCGGGAACCUUGACGAGAAGCAAAUUGCCAUCCUAAACAAAAAGCUCAAUCCUAGUCUAAAUGAAUAUGUUCCGGUGCUAGUCAAGCUAAUUCGACACCACUGGCCAUUGAAUGAGUAUGAUGAAGGCUCCGUCACUGUCAAGCCCUGGUCGCAUGUGAUGCGUCAAGUAUCGCGCGUAUCUGCUCGAAUCUUUCACAGUUCUGACGCAGCCGAAGAUGACCAUUGGUUGGACAUUGCCAGUGAACAUGUUCACUCCACGGUCGUGUGGACAGAGAACUUAAAGAAGUGGCCUGCAAUGCUUCGUCCCUGGGUCUAUCGAUUUGUCCAGGGUCGAGGAAUAAUGACACAGCGCUUUGCCGAAGGUGAAGCUGUGGUGACUGAGACGCUCAGGAAGAGGAAGGCGAGGAAGGGUGGCCAUCUAAGCAAUCCCCCAUCGCUUUUGGAUUACCUUGCCGAUGGUGAACUGGGUGCAGACGAUGUCGAAGCACACACUGUCGCGCAGAUCAACCUGUGUGUCGCUGCCAUUCAGUCCAUGGCUUCGACAGUGACUCAGUGUCUCAUGGACCUUGCAACGUAUCCACACUAUCUGCCUGAGCUUCGUGAAGAGAUGUCUUCAAUGAUUGCGAAGAAGAAUGGGGUCCUUGACAGGCAGUCUCUAGCAGGUAUGAUGAAGUUGGACAGCUUCAUCAAAGAGACUCAGAGAUUGAAUCCUCCAGAUCUCGCAAGCUUCCAGCGUAAGGUUAUGUCAGACAUCACUUUGUCAAAUGGUCUUCGAAUCCCAAAAGGGGCGCGCAUUGCUCUACCGACAGGGGCAAUCAACAUGGACAGUCAGUUCUUUGAGGACCCCGAAACCUUUGACGGCUUCCGGUACUACAAGCUUCGGAUGGAAAGUGAGGAGGCCCGGAAGAGUAGCCAGAUGGUGACAGUGGGAAAGAAAGAUUUGACAUGGGGCUAUGGCAGGCACGCCUGUCCGGGUCGGUAUGUUGCUGAAGUGGCUAUGAAGCUGCUCAUCAUUGAGUACGUCGCACGUUAUGAUAUCAGUCUACCUGCUGGUAUCAAAAAGCGUCCAAAGAACAUCGAAUUUGAAGGGCUGGUCAUACCAGACCCCAACUGGGAGCUGAUUUUCCAAAGUCGGUAA